ACAUUUUCAUGCAUGGCUGCACAAUGAAUUUAGAGAUGCCUCGUUUUUACUAUGAGCGUCAUGUUGCCCUUCAUCUGAACUCGAUUGUCUUUGCCUAGUUAUACUACACAGAGAGGGCAAGUGCACCACACACGCACUAACGUGCACUUAGCGGUGUACAAACUGUUUAUAAAAUAGACACUGACCCUGGGAAAAAAAACAGUUAAAAAAGGCAAAGCCAAAUAGGAGACUUGGCCCACGUCAGCAUGCUGGGUGAACAUGGCGAGUCAGGAUAUCCUCCUCGUGAGCUGGUUCGUGUGGUUUGAGUUCAGAAACUACCACUUAUUUCCGUGUGAGGAAACGGGACAGCAGCAUAGGCGGAUAAACGCGAGGACUUCACGCGAAGAACGGAGGAAUAAACGCUUUAGGAGGACGGAGAGGCGUUAGACGGAGUUCAGUUUUAGUUCCGGCUGUGUCAGGUACAUCCCUGUUGAAGCCCACAUAUCCAGUUUUAGGACUUUGAGUGUCUGUCGGUCAUGAGACAGGAGGCCUCUCUCUAGAGGACACACACUUCACCUAACGGCUCCAUCCCACACAGCAUUUAAAGGUCGCGUGUGUAAAUGCAGCGGUCAGGGAGGCGUGGGGAGCAGCAGUGGCUGAUGUCCAGACGUGGUCUGUAGGUCAACAUGCCCUUGUCCACGCGCAAAGGAGCGCCCAAGGACCCAGAGAGCACCAACCUCUUCUUCAAAGAUGACCCGGAAGAAGUAUUCUGUGACCUUCACGAGAUUGGCCAUGGGAGUUUCGGCGCGGUCUACUUUGCGCGAAACUCCUACUCCAACGAAGUGGUGGCCAUUAAGAAGAUGUCCUACAACGGCAAGCAGACCACCGAGAAGUGGCAGGACAUCGUCAAAGAGGUCAAAUUUCUGGAACAGCUGAGACACCCGAACACAAUCGAGUACAAAGGCUGCUACCUGAAAGACAACACUGCUUGGCUGGUCAUGGAGUAUUGUUUAGGCUCCGCUUCUGACUUGUUAGAGGUUCAUAAGAAACCGCUCCAAGAGGUUGAAAUUGCUGCCAUCACCCAUGGUGCCUUGCUAGGACUGGGUUACCUGCAUUCCCACAACAUGAUCCACAGAGAUGUUAAAGCAGGUAACAUCCUCCUCACUGAACCUGGUCAGGUUAAACUGGCUGACUUUGGCUCCGCCUCCAUGACCUCUCCUGCCAACUCCUUCGUGGGGACCCCGUACUGGAUGGCUCCAGAGGUGAUUUUAGCCAUGGACGAAGGCCAGUAUGAAGGAAAAGUUGACAUCUGGUCCCUGGGGAUCACUUGUAUUGAGCUGGCCGAACGUAAGCCUCCUCUGUUCAACAUGAAUGCUAUGAGUGCCUUAUAUCACAUAGCUCAGAAUAACUCCCCCACACUGCAGUCCAGUGAAUGGUCAGAGGCGUUCCGGAGCUUUGUUGACUACUGCCUACAAAAGAUACCUCAGGACAGACCCUCCUCUGCUGAACUACUGCGUCAUGAUUUUGUCCGACGUGAGCGUCCCCUGCGGGUCCUCGUGGAUCUGAUCCAGAGGACGAAAGACGCCGUGCGUGAGCUGGACAACUUGCAGUACCGAAAGAUGAAGAAGAUCCUUUAUCAGGAAAAACACAAUGGACCAAUGGGGGAGUCCCAGGAAGAGGAAGAGGAUGCGGAGCAGGAGGUCUGUAAGGUGAACAGCGUGGGCAGUAGUCAUUCCGUCCCCAGUACGUCCGUGAGCACCGGCAGUCCGAGCAGUAGCGUGAACAGCCUUCAGGAGGGUCCGGACGACUCCUGCUCGGACCCCGGACUGGUGCAUGACUACGACUGCACGCUUGAGUCUUCCACACACCAGAAAAAGGACCAUCAGUAUAUCCGUGACGAUGGUGUCCAUCGGGACCACCGGUCUGACCCACGACCUUCAUCCUCAGACAGAGGACCAGCCCAUAAUUAUAAAAACCGUGAACGCUUUGCUACUAUCAAGUCUGCAUCCCUGGUGACGCGUCAGAUCCAUGAGCACGAGCAGGAGAAUGAGCUCCGGGAGCAGAUGUCCGGAUACAAGCGCAUGCGGCGUCAGCACCAGAAACAGCUCAUCGCCCUGGAAAACAAGCUGAAGGCCGAGAUGGACGAGCACAGACUGAAGCUCCAGAAAGAGGUGGAGACCCAGGCCAACAAUGCCUACAUCGAACUGGAGAAGCUCGCCAAGAAACAUGUCAUGCACAUGGACAGAGAGACGAAGACGGCUGCAGCCGAUGAGAAGAAAUACCAGCAGCAGAUCUUGACGCAGCAGAAGAAGGAACUCACCACCUUCCUGGACAACCAGAAGAAACAGUACAAGCUCUGCAAGGAGAAGAUCAAAGAGGAGAUGAAUGAGGACCACAGCACCCCUAAGAAGGAGAAACAGGAGCGUCUGUCGAAGCACAAGGAGAACAUCCAGCACACGCAGGCCGAGGAGGAGGCGCAGCUCCUGGGCCAGCAGCGCAGCUUCUGCGACCGCAACGUCAGAGCCUUCAAACGCAAGGUCAUGACCAAGAGGCACGAGUUUGAGCAGGAGCAGAUGAGAGAGGAGCUGAACAAGAAAAAGACCCAGAAGGAGAUGGAGCAUGCUCUGCUGAUCAGGCAUGACGAGUCGAGCCAGGAGCUGGAGUACCGGCAGCUGAAGACUCUGCAGCGGCUGCGCAUGGACCUGAUCCGUCUGCAGCAUCAGACCGAGCUGGAGAACCAGAUUGAGUACAACAACCGGCGGGAGAGAGAGCUGCACCGCAAACAUGUGCUGGAGCUCCGACAGCAGCCCAAGAACCUGAAGGCCAUGGAGCUGCAGAUCAAGAAGCAGUUCCAGGACACGUGUAAGGUGCAGACCAAACAGUACAAGGCGUUGCGUCAGCACCAGCUGGAGGUGACGUCGCGGGGCGAGCACAAGGCUGUUCUCAAGUCCCUGAAGGACGAGCAGACACGCAAGCUGGCCAUCCUCGCCGAGCAGUACGAGCAGAGCAUCAAUGAGAUGAUGGCGUCGCAGGCGCUACGUCUGGAUGAAGCCCAGGAGGCUGAAUGUCAGGCUCUGCGUCAUCAGCUCCAGCAGGAGAUGGAGCUCCUGAACGCCUACCAGAGUAAGAUCAAGAUGCAGACGGAGGCCCAGCACGAGCGCGAGCAGCAGAAACUGGAGCAGAAAGUCUCACUGCGCAGGACCCACCUGGAACAGAAGAUUGAGGAGGAGCUGGCUUCUCUUCAGAAGGAGCGCACGGACCGAAUCAAGCACCUUUUGGAGCGGCAGGAGCGGGAGAUGGGUGCCUUCCACAUGGAGAGCUUGCGUUUGGGAUUUGGGAAUCUGGCCGUGCCGGACUACGCUAAAGACGACUAUAGAUGAGACGCCAGAACAGGAAAACCAAGCCCAGGUCUCCGGUCACCUUCUCUCCGAAGGAUUCCCUGCUGUUUCGUCACUUCCCACAGACCCUCACACCGCUGGAACGCUCUCUGUCCAGGCCACCUGCAACAGCACACCUUCUCAGUCAUGUCUCAAGAUUACAUGCUGGAUAACUUGGUGGUCUUUUUAAAAUACAUCUAUAUAUAAGUAUUAUAUAUAAGAAAAUGAAAAUGUCACAGUGUUGGUCGGUGAUUUUUCUUGUGCUAUGAUAACACUUGAUGUAAUUGAAAUUGACAAAGUUAGAGAGAAGUAAAAGCAACGUGUGCGUGUGCUGGACGGGAGGGUUUCGUUGCUGUUAUUCGUCCCAGAAUCCUCUGGUGUUUCCAAAGGGAGGGGCAGUGUUUGUAGAUUUAUCCCCUAUUGGAUAAAGCACCGCUGAGUUUCUCCGUUUGGUAUGUAGUCAUCCGACAAAACAAACCAGCACACAUACACGCGCGCACGCACACGUACUCACCUUUUGACACAAUGAACAAAUUCGAUGAGUUUAAAUGUCACCUAGAUGUACGUACGUGCUGGUUGAAUCUGUGUGUGAGGUUCUUGCGUCCACUGAACCAGAUUUCUGAGGAGCUCCCCACUGCAGGCCCGUGUGCGUGUGAAUAAUACAUCUGUGAAUCUUUAACUCCUGCUACUGGCACAGAGCACUCUUAGGUAAGGGGAGAUGUAUUUUGUGUGUAGAAGGCUUUAUGGAAAACUUUUAAUUAUUUUCCUAUUGUAUUUUAACUGGACAAAAAGAUUUUUUUAACGAUAAACAGAUCAUCCUCUUCCUGUGUUUGAAGGCUGCCAUUUCCAGUUGUUUUACUUCCUUGGGCCGUGUACUUUUCUUUUCCCAAGAAUCAAAAAUCCUGUGAAUAAAAUUCCUUUACUGGUUGCAUGCACUUUAAAUUUUUUUCCCCCCCCGUUAAAGAAAAGCAUGAGUUCUGUCAAAUGCUUUUAAUUAUAUUUGUAAAUAAAGUGCUCACCACACAAGUGCAGUAUUUUGGCAAAGUCUGGCUAUAUUCUCAUCAGGAAUACCAUUUCCCAAAAUUCCUUAAAGAUACUACAUUAAAUCCAUCACAUUAACAUCAUGGUGCAAUUAAUGGGGGGGGGGGUGCAG